ACACACACACUCACACACACACACACACACACACACACACACACACACACACAUACGGAAGACAUAAUGGAGUAAUUCCGCUGCAACGCUCGUCAUUUAAUUCCGCUGCAAUGCUCGUCAUUUGUGUUACAUUUCACCAAUUCCGCAGCUUGGAAUUGCAAUGAAGGCCUCUAUGUGGGCUUCGUGUUGUGGUUUAUUAAAUGAUCUGAUUGGUUCGGGGGCGGUCAGAAGCCAUCAGGCUGGGUUUGGAGGUGGAGCCGGGCCAUUCAGAUUUGCCCCUGGUGCUGGCUACUCUGCCUACCCUUCAACCAGCUCGACUCAAUCACCAUCUAGCCCUCCUCCCUCAAAUGGAGCAGUGUGCAAAGCAUGUGGUCUUGCCUUCUCCGUUUUCAGAAGAAAGCACGUGUGUUCAGACUGUGGGCGGAGCUUCUGUGCUCUCUGUAGCGUGCUGCAAGAGAACCUGCGGCGUUGUUGCGUGUGCCACGCCUUGUGGGCGACGGCAUUUGAACGGGCACGCCUCAUGCGUCUGCGAGUACGUGACCUGCGCUGCUACCUCACUCUGCGUGACAUUAGCACAGAUACAUGCACUGAAAAGGAGGAACUCGUUGAGCUUGUACUGCAACACAUGGGGGUGGAUCUUCAAGAGGAGGAGGAGGAAGAGGAGGAGGAGGAGCAGCAGCAGGAGGAGGAGGAGGUGGAAGAGAUUGAGGAGGCAGACACUGAAGCCCAGCCCUCUGCUUUAGCCCUGCCAGUUGAUGCUGCACCCCAGGCCUCCCAGCAGCCUGCACUGUCUGACUCCGUCCCUCAGGAAGAAACACACAGAACUAACAGCAGCUCAGGAACCAGCCAGGUUUGUGGGGAUGUUGCCUCUGUGUCUCUCCUACCCCUGGAGAACAACGAACGUUUACUAGAGCCCAGCCCAAUGACUAAGAGGAGGGCUCGCGCCUCUAUCUCUGAUCUCUCCAGUGAGGAUGACAUCGAGUUGUUAACGGUUCGGCAGCUGAAGGAAAUUCUGGCCAGGAACUUUGUGAAUUUUUCUGGCUGCUGUGAGAAGUGGGAGCUGAUGGAGCGUGUGCAGCGUUUAUACAGAGAACACCAACAAAACCGCACCUCCUUGGAAAACAUGAGCAACAGCAUCACUGCAGUCGUGGCAUAUCCUCCUUCUAUAUGUGAUGGAGAAGUUGGAGGCGUGGCUCCUCUCAGCACCAUGGAUGAAAAUGUGUGUCGGAUCUGCAUGGACGCUGUGAUCGACUGUGUACUGCUUGAGUGUGGCCACAUGAUCACCUGCACCCGUUGUGGCAAGAAAAUGAACGAGUGUCCCAUCUGCAGGCAGUACGUGGUCCGAGCUGUACAUGUUUUUAAGUCCUAAACACACAAACACACACACACAUGCACACUGAUCUUCCACAAGCCUCCAUCUUCCAGACUGAAUCUGCUUCUGAAAUCAGUGAUGGUUACACAUCGUGGCUACAUCCCAAAUUCCUCCACAAGGGGACAGACUGGUAAGGGUCUGAAUUUGAACACAGAGGCUUUAUUUAUGUUUGGAAUGCGCCCUUGUUGAUUUCUCUAAAUGUCUCAGAGAUGUUUGACCACUCAUGUGAUAUACACAAUAGAAUAGAAGCCUUUAUUUUGUCACAUAUACAUUACAACAGACUAAAAUUCUUUCUUCACAUAUCCCAACUUUGGAGGUUGGAUUCAAUGCGCAGGGUCAGCCACGAUACAGCGCCCCUGGAGCAGAGAGGUUUAAGGGCUUUGCUCAAGGGCCCAACAGUGGCAGCGCUGCGGCUUGAGACCCGAUCCACCAAUCAACAAUCCAGAACCUUAACCGCUUGAGCCAUCACUGCCCCACAAGUCUAUAGAAGUGUGUUAAUGGGGUUUUUAGCUAUCUUGUUCAAUAUCUAAGUGUUUGUGUGCUAAGUACCUAGCAUACAAAAUAGCUAGUGGUGUAUGUAGCUGAUUUCAUCUACAGAUGUAGACAAUCAAAUGUCUGAGACGUCAAAUGCCUAUUUAAGCUUGUAAACAGCUUUAUCCUCCGUUUUCAAAAGGCGACUGCAAUCAAAUUCAGCCGUGCCUUCUGGCUAAAAACAAUGGCGCUGACAUGUAAUGCCCAGUUACUGGCCAUCUAAGGGGACUAGGGGAAGAGAAGUGGACAAGGGCGCAUUAAAAACAGCACUGGAAUUCAGCAUGCUUAAUAUUUCCAUGUGUAACCGUGUGUGUGUUAAGUGUGUGUAGAAGGUAUCAGAUGAAAGUGUGACGGUCCUCCUUGCUGUAGCAAAACUGAAGCCAGCAGUGAUUCGAGGUGCCAAAUGUACUCAUCAUUAUUGAUUGAUUUAUUGUGUUCAAAAUUACAGUGUUCUUUGUUUAUCAUGAAACCCCUAUGGCGUUGUUCAUAUUAACAUAUUAGGUAAAUACUAAAUAAAUUCACUUCUAAAUGCAACACAGACACUAACUGGAACUUUAUCAACAAAAUUUAUCUUUAUCUUUAUCUUUUACGUAUUUGAUUACUUGACAUCCUUCUUCCCAAAGGGCCACUGAAGUUAGUAUCUAGGUCUUGUAGCUAAUGUUUAGCUUUGGCAGUUUAAACCACUGAAAGCUUUUAUUUUGUAGGGUGGUCAUCUAAUUAUAUUUAAUUAGACUUUACUAAAUAAUCUUAUCAAAAUUCAUGAACACUUCUUGAUGUGACCGCUAUUUGUUAUGCUAACAUCUUUCACUGGCAACCUCUCAUUGCUAUUGUUAUGCAGCUAGCUCUGUUUAAUACCUUAUUUUGUGACACUGUUAGCUAGCUAGCUUUUUAUGAUUAGUUAGCCUAUUAAUAUGACAACCUGUUUUAAUGCUCACCAGUUAUGUGAGAUUUAAUAUUUUAAAAUAUGAAAUGAAAUAUUUUUUGACUUAUUAAACUAGCUAGCUAUUUGGCUAAUGAUUUAACUGUUUAUGUUUAGCUAUUUUAGUGACAACCCUAUAGUGUAGAGCUAGUUAUCCUUUUCUGUUUGAUCCCAAACUGAUAUUUUAGCUUCUAUUUAUCUUUCACCAUUAAUUUAAGGGUUAUUUCAUUUGUCAUAGUAUUUUGUUUUUGUGUUAAUUCUUCACAUAUCUUACGUGUAUCUUCACAGACAUUUGAUACAGUAUGAUUUUGUGUGUGUGUGUGUGAGAAAUGCCCCCUUAUUUUAUCUAAUACUAUUAUAAUUAUUGUUUAAUUUUGUUUGAUUACUAAUAUUUAGCUUCUAUGUUUUGCUACUCUGUGGACAACCUCUUGGUAUAACAUGAUUUUUAUUGAGCUAACUAUCUAUAUUUUGCUAACAUACUUCACUGGCUUCAACCCGAUUUUGUCCCCUCAGUAUUUUUAUGUGAAUAUUCUGUGUAUUUGCACAUAUAUUACAGAAUUUGAAAAAAUCACCAGGUAGUCAGCUGCUUCUCCAAAUAGAAAUAGUUAUGUGCAAAUAGGUUGCGCCAAAACCAUGCCCUAUUUCCUAAUCCCUAUUCUCUACUGCCUAAUCACAAGUUCCUUCUCCCUACUUGUUUAAUAUCCCCUGUUCACUAUUCAAUAUUCCUUGCUUACUAUUCCCCUGCUCACUGUUCCUUACUCCCCAUUUAAUAUUCCCUGCUCAUUAUUCCCUACUCCUUUUUUAAUAUACCCUGCUCAUUAUUCCUAACCCCUAUUUAACAUUUCCUGCUCACUAUUCCUUACUCCCUAUCUAAUAUUCCCUGCUCGCUAUUCCCUAUUCCCUCUAUAAUAUUCCCCGCUCACUAUUCCCUAUAUAAUAUUCCCUGCUCACUUUUACAUAUUUCUUAUAGAAUAUUCCCUGCUCACUAUUCCUUAUAUAAUAUUCCCUGCUCACUAUUCCCUAUUCCUUAUAUAAUAUUCCCUGUUCACUAUUCCCUCAUCCUUAUUUAAUAUUCCCUGCUCACUAUUCCCAAUUCCCUGUAUAAUAUUCCCUGCUCAUUAUUCUCUAUUUCUAUUUAAUAUUCCCUGCUCACUAUUGCCUACUCCCUAUUUAAUAUUUCCUGCCUACUAUUCCCUAUCCCCUGCUCAUUAUUCCCUACUUCCUUUUUAAUAUUCCCUGCUCAUUAUUCCCUACCCCCCAUUUAACAUUUCCUGCUCAUUAUUCCUUACUCCCUAUUUAAUACUCACUAUUCCCUUAUCCCUAUUUAAUAUUCCCUGCUCACUAUUCCAUACUCCUACUUAAUAUUCCCUGCUCCAUAUUCCCUAUUCAUUAUAUAAUAUUCUCUGCACACUAUUCCCUACCCCUUAUUUAAUAUUCCCUGCUUAUUAUUUCCAAAUCCAUACUCGGAAUUCCCUUCUCCCUACUUCAUAUUCCCGGCUCAUUUUUCCAAGGCAAAGUGCAUUAUAGGUAUUUUGAUCCAGGGAUUUGAUUGACAAUGUUUGUUGCUGUUUAGCCGAUUGAAAAGAUUUUUUUCUGUCUUUAAAUUAACCCAUUUAUACAAAGGCAGGAAAAAGAAAGCCAAAUGGCAAGUAAUUUAUUCAUUAUUAACACUUAUGUAAGUUUUUUGUAAGCUGCAUGGUGUUCUGCAUUAUUUUUCUGCAU